UUACACUUGGCGCAAUGUAGUCAGGCAAGUACUGUAAUCCUGUCAACCGCCAAAUCCAGACACGUUCAUUGGAUUGCCAGACAGAAAAGCGUGAUUAGUCACUCCAGAGAACACGUCUGCAAUGCUCUAGAGUCAAGUGGCGGCUGGCUGUGUUGCUGUUGUUUUUAGUUGCUUCCACUUUGUUAUAAUACCACUAACAGUUGACCGUGGAAUAUUUAGUAACAAGGACGUUUCACAUAUGGAUUUAUUGCACAGGUGUGGCAAUCUAUCAGAGUACCACGCUUGAAUUCACUGAGCUCCUGAGAGCAAACCCAUUCUUUCACAAAUGUUUGUAGAAGCAGUCUGCAUGCCUAG